AUGAGUAACUUCAAGAUGUGCAUGGCUUUGUUGUAUGCAGAAAAUGGUGGUGCAAUUUCAUGGGGACAAAUCACUAGUAGCCUUACGCCAUGCAUGCGUUAUCUUGAGUAUAGUGGUGCUGUUUCGCCGAGUUGUUGUUCUGGUGUUAAAGGAUUAGUUAAUGCAGCUCGAACUAUUGAUGACCGCCGUACAACUUGUGAAUGCUUGAAGUCGGAUGCUGCUUCAUUUAAAGAAAUCAACAUAGGCUAUGCUGCUGCCCUCCCCGACAAAUGUGGAGCUAGUAUCCCUUACAAGAUCGAUCAUUCCACCAACUGUGCUAGGUAUACAUCUAUUACUUAG